AUGACACAUUUCGUCACGUCUCCCGCUGUAUUGACAGCCCGAAUGGAGGCCACCCCCACACCCGCCCCGCGCGCCACUCCAUUCAGCGACACAUCAUUUGCGACACCGUCGCAAACUCCCCAUUCCCAGCACCUACCAAACUCCCAGUCACGAAGUUAUAUGGAGCCCCUAUGUGGCAUGCUGGAUGUUUUGCGACGCCGGAUUGGCGACGCGACCACGAUGCCUGGCAAUGUCACAAAUGCGUCGCAAAAGCGUGUCGCAAAUGCGGCUGCUGAUGGUGCGGGCGUGGAUAUGGUGGACUGUGGUGUGGGUGGACGUGGUGUUGAGGAGAACUACAUGCAGAUUGAGGGGACCACUUUGUUCGCAGCAGAUGGCAGUCUGGUUGGCCAGUGCGGUGAUAGUGUCUGUGCUGAAGGCGAGGCUGGUGCAGACACGCAGGAGUCAUUCAACACUCAGAAGUAUCUUAACUCGUACCACGCCGACUUCUUUGCAGGUAUAUUGUGUCUGCUAGAGACGUACGACUACAGUAGUACCACUGUGAGUCUGCCAACCGCAAGUGCACCCGCUUCAAGCGGCACAGUUCCUACCAAAGUCUCAAUAGCCCCAACACUCAGCACUAUAGGACGCGGCAGAGCAGCACACAAAGGCGCAUCGCCUUCGGCCGGAACUUCUGUGAGAGGCGGCAAACAACUCAGCACGCGAAUGAAACAUGCGUUGUAUCGGUUGCUGGAAAGCUGCUGCUUCGUCGUCUACAAGACAUUGGUGGCUGCCCCAGCGCUGUCGUUCCCAUUUGACACUCCGCCCACCGCACAAGCGAAUGGCCCACAGACAUGCGCAAACAACACACAUCCUAACAAUCAGUCGCGUGACCAUGGUAAGGGGGCAGCCAAUGGCACAUCUCGUGAUCGCUUGCAGCAGAGUGGUAUCAGCGCAACGCUGUUCCGCAUUAACGUUCUGAUCAUAGAAACCAUUGUGCGCAUGCUCAUGGUCCACAGCGAAGCAGUCUACCCAACCACGGGCAGUGGACCACCAUCCGCCUCCACGGCGUCGGUUGUGUGGCGAGUGCUCCACCGCACUUCAGUGUGUGAGAUGGAUCCGCUCUAUCUUAAUCGCGAAUACUCCUACGGAUCCAUCUUCGAGCCUUUGCUAAGCAACAUGAACACGUGGAUACGUACCAAACGCUACCCCCUGCUCAUCGGGAGUUGCUUGAGACUGCUGACCACCAUUUCCUUAUUUAGUCCUGGCGCCAAUAUCAUGUCCCCUCUGGGACCUAUCUCCACACUAUCGGCCGCUCUAGAUGCGCAAAUCCAUCAGUACGAACGCCACAGCCAACAUCCCACACACAGUCAAAGGGACAGCAUGCAACACAACCAGCAAAUGUCAGCACGGAAUCCAAUACCAGAUCUUGGCUCAGUGAAUGGCCAGUCUGAACAGUCGAUGUAUUCUCUUCCUGCUUUAGCAAACACCGCAAUUGCGGGACUGCCUAUGAAGUAUACGGGGCUACCUGUGUGCACCUUCGACGGCCCUAUCGCGUACUAUCUCCAAGACAGGAGGCAUAACCAGUGGCACACAGUGUUCUGUCAGGUGUUGUGUCUGUAUACCAGCAUGCUGCAUACACUCAAGGCGCGGGCUGUGGGCGAGGCCGUGUCUUUCUUAAUUGUCCACUAUGAGCGUCUCAUGCGAUGUCUGAGGCGUUCUAACGACAGUUCGGGGCGUGUGGUGUCUGUGGCUGAGAUGGAAGAGCUUGUGGCCGUCAGUGCAUUUAUGGCUGCUCUGGCGGAUGCCGGAGUGUUCUCCUGGAAACCAGAGAUACACCUCAGCCAAUACCGUGCCAUUUUGGACGAAAAGAUGGAACUGAUUCCUAAGCAUGUGCUGGAGACAGUUCUGUACUACACGACUCUGCUCAGCAAAGCAUGCGACUACGAAGAUACACAACUGGUCAUUCCAGUCACACGCUCUGAACGCGAACAGGAACAGACACCAGCCCCAAUCCGCCUGUUGUCUGCGCGUGCCCGUAUGUGUGUGAAGAUAUAA